AUGGACAGUUGUUAGCUGCCAUGUGGGUGCUGGGAUUCAAACCUGGGUCUUCUGCAAGAACAGCCAGUGUCUUAACCACUGAGCCAUCUCUCCAAGCCCCAUACCGUUUCUUAAGGGUCAGGGACCUGAGGCUUGCUGGAUUAUGCUGGGCUGAAAUAGCCAGUGAACCCCACCCAGGGUUCACAUCUCUGUGUUCCCAAUGCUGGGGGGUUAAACACAACAUGGCCUAGAACUUGAUAUGCAGACCAGGAUGGCCUGGAAUUCAGAGAUCCUCCUGCCUCUGCUUACUGAAUGCUGGGGUUACAGGCACCUGCCACCACACAUGGCUUAUGUCUGGUUUCUUGUGGGUGCCGAGGGUGGGACUCAGGUCCUCAUGUUCUGCAGUAGGCAUUUACCUACUGAGCCACAUCCCCUGCUUCCCAGAUUGCUAUGUCUCGCUAUCCAGAGCUGGAGUACCAUCUUCUUUUUGAACUACUGACUUUUGAGCUAGGAAGAGGUCAGACUCCCUAGAUCACCUUAGCUGCCAGAAAACCAAGAACUGAAACCAGUGUUGUUGCUAAGGAGAGAGCAGCUAUGUGGUGGGUCCUCAGCAAACAUGGCAGUUUGCCAAACAAGGACUUUGCCCUUGACUCAGUAUUCACCACCUCCUCCUGCUGUUGCUGCCUAGUCCUUUACUGGGGAACCUCAAAUCUCCCUUCCCUAAGACUAGGUUUACCUCGGUUCCCCUCCUCAUCCUCAGCUUAACUGGUUAGUCUGCAAGCCAGACACUAGCUUUGCUUUUCAUCUCUGUAUCUCCUUGGGAAUGCAAUGACCAGCAGAGGCAUGUUCAGCUAUUACCACUCAACAGUAAUGUGGGGUACAGAGGAGGAGGAUCUCCCAGCUGAGGAAGGCGGGGAACACUCCCUUGAAAAACUAGCAGUUAUCUAGGCAGAACACACGGAGCAACAUCACAGGAAAUGGCAAGAAGGGUUCAGGUUCUACAAGGCACCUGAACACCCAUGGGCUUGCAAAGGAAGUGGUUUGGUGUCUGAGUCCUCUGACUGGGAACCAGGGUGACUGUGGAGAUGGGUGCAAUGAGGGACCUUCACACAAAAGGGUGUCACUAUGCAGCCCUGGGUGGCCUGGAACUUUAUGUGGACCAAUUUGUCCUCCUGAGAGCUGGGAUUAUAGGUGUGACACCACAUCUACUUUGAUUUGAAACUACGUGCCUUGGUUGUGGAGACUGGUAUCAAGAACGACCUGCCUCCACACUCUCUUUUUCUUUCUCUACCUAGGCUGCUUCUAGCCCUUCUUGGUACCCCAGGAGCCAAGCAGAAGGGGUCUGAGGGAGAAGGGAUCUUCUCCAGAUAGGUCAAGGAUACAUGGCAAAUGGACUACAGGGUACCUAGGUAGAGUGAAGGUCUAAGCAAUCAACCAAAAAGCUGCCCUGGCACCACUUCUGGCUAAAGCACAAGCAUCCCGCAGGCCUGGACUAUUGCCUAACCAGCACCAAGUGUCUUUCUGUCCUUUCCAGAUCCUGGAGGCCUGACUCAACACAUGACCCAGCCCCAAACAAGGAUGUGGCGCUUGUUGUCCUGAGUUUGUCAACACCAGUGAGUAUCACAGUAAAGGUCCCUGAUGAGUUUGAAUCUUGAGUAGUUCCAGCUCUGCCAACUAACCCUACCAGCCAACUGGGGGAGGGGGGGGGGCUAGUUGUCCAGCACUCAGAGAAAGGGAGAAUUUGCCUUACUCCUCCAGGCCCAAGGUCUCAUUCCUGUCAGCUACCGUUCUGUUGCCUGUCUGCAAGAGUCAGAAUCACGUGGGUCAACAGCAUGCCUGCUAAAGACAAAGCAUUCCAGAGAGGUGUUGGAUUAUGUAGCCACUCCUUUUCUUGAACAUCAAAAAGGAGUAUCCUGGGCCUCAAAUCAUGCGGCUAGAGCCUGGUCGGGUCAAGGCAACAGAGUCAUGCGACCAGAACACAUGCUGCUCAUGCAGGUGCUGCCCGGCCUCUCACAGGGAGAAGUUCCAACAGUCAUGGGAACUGUAGGUUCCCAACCAGCAGGUUAAGAUCCUGAGCCCUGAACCACGUUUUUUCCUCUUCCAGAAGUCAGUACGUGUUCUACUUCACUCUGACCAUCCUUUACAUCCCAAGGCUGAGUCAAAGUAGCCUAAGGAAGCAAAAUCUGAGCAGCCCUCACGGGACACACAGCUGUCGCUAGAAGAGACCCCUUCCCCUGCUUGGCCCUGUACGAAGGCUGCAGCCUUGAGAAGCACAGCCUUAGGCUGGCCGGCGUCCUUCCUGGGGAUAAGGUAGGUCCCCGCAGCCAGGAGUGGAUCCCAGCAGGUCCUCAGGUCACUCUCGUCAUCUCCCACGGCACGAGUGACCAUGAGUUCCAACCGCAAGUCCAGGAGGUAAGCAGCCACCUGGAGAUGCAAGGACGCUCCAGCCGCAUCCCCCGACCCCGUCUUGGAACAAACGCCCAGGCCCAGCAAGGUCCAAGCCCGGUGACGCCUCUGCCUUCCCAGAACAGCGCAACCACCGCGGCGCAGGAAGCAGAUCCGCCUGGGACCGCUCGCCAUGGGCUUUCCUGGGCCAAUUUCUCAGAGAGCCACGGCGGCGACGACAGCUUCCUGCACUCAGACGGAAGGAGCUGCGCGUUCUGGGAAAGAGACGCCAUCGGGGAGUCCCGCUGCAUGCUGGGAGCGGCACGGCAUGCUGGGAUAGGUAGUCCACGAAGUGACGUAGGCCAAGGCGUCCAUUCAGGUGCCGGUGACCCCUGUGAACCGCAAGUUCAAGCGACUGGAGCUACGUGGACCCAAAGACAAGGCGUUUUGGUGUGUCUGGGGCGGCCCGCCUCGGGAGAACCCGUGAGUUGAAGCAAGUUCUCGGGGAGUGUAGCCAUCGCAGUCCUCCCGGAGCUCCGCCCCCGGGCUCGGGGCGACAGGAGCACUCUUGAGCUGGCGGCUGUCUCACGUGACCGAGCACCGCGCCUGGUUGGCUGCAGCCGGAGUUACCUAGACGACGGAGCGAGUGUCGUCGGGAGCAUCUGCGCUGGCCGGCCUAGCGGUCUAGGCAAACGCCAGCCCACGUCACGGCCUCGCAGUCGUUCCAGGGAGGCGAGCGCGUCCACGGGCUGCAGAUGGGAGCGCAGGGCGCCGAGAAUGCGGGCGGGCCGGGCCGAGACGCCGGCGCGGGAGCUCUUCCAGGACGCCGCGUUCCCCGCCUUGGACUCCUCGCUCUUUUCCAGCUUGUCCACGCCUCUAGCCCAGUUUCGGGAGGACAUCACUUGGAGACGGCCCCAGGAAAUUUGUGCCACUCCCCAGCUGUUGCCAGAUAACCCAUGGGAAGGACAGGUGAAGCAAGGGCUGCUGGGAGAUUGCUGGUUCCUGUGUGCCUGUGCUGCCCUGCAGAAGCAUCGACACCUUCUGGACCAGGUUUUUCCUCCAGGACAGCCAAGCUGGUCUGACCAGGAAUACUGUGGCCUCUUCACCUGCAGAAUUUGGCAGUUUGGACACUGGGAGGAGGUGACCAUAGAUGACCGGCUGCCUUGUCUUGCAGGGAGACUCUGCUUCUCCCGGUGCCAGAGAGAGGAUGUGUUCUGGCUUCCUUUACUGGAAAAGGCCUAUGCCAAAGUCCACGGGUCCUAUGAGCACUUAUGGGCAGGGCAGGUGGCAGAUGCCUUGGUGGACCUCACUGGAAGCUUGGCAGAAAGGUGGAACCUGAAGGAGAUUCUGGGAGCCAAUGGUUGGCAGGACAAAUCCCGUGGCGGGGAGCACAGCACUUGUCGGCAGCUACUCCGCCUGAAGGACCAGUGUCUGAUCAGCUGCUCCGUGCUCAAUCCCAGACCGGGUGCCAGAGAGCUGGGGGAGUUCCAUGCCUUCAUUGUCUCAGAUCUGCGGGAGCUCUGGAGUCAGGCUGGCCGGUGUAUCCUGUUGCUGCGGAUUCAGAACCCAUGGGGUCGGCGCUGUUGGCAGGGGCUCUGGAGAGAGGGUGUGGCUACUCCUUCAGAGACUAAAGGGUCAGGACUCUGGUGUGAAAGCCCUGGGAAGAAGCACAUUCUCAGGGGCAAAGGGUGGAGCCAGGUGGAGCCAGCCGAGGAGUCUGAGCUGCUGUCACAGCUCCAGGAAGGGGAGUUCUGGAUGGAGGAAGAGGAGUUUCUCAGGGAGUUUGAUGAGGUCACCAUUGGCUACCCGGUCACAAAGGCUGGCCACCUGCAGAGCCUUUACACAGAGAAGGUGCUGUGCCAUGCACAGGCACUGCCUGGUGCCUGGGUUCCAGGGCAGUCAGCCGGAGGCUGCCGGAACAACAGUUGCUUUCCCUGCAACCCCAAGUUCUGGCUGCGGCUCCUGGAACCCAGUGAGGUAUGUGUGGCUGUCCUGCAGAGACCCCGGAGGUGCUCAGUGGGCCAGCUUCGGGCACUGGUGAGUGCCAGCCCAGCACCAGUGAACCUUCUGAGCAAGGACUACCAGGCUGUGGGCCUGCACAUCUGGAAGGUGGAGAAGCGGCGGGUCAGCCUGCCCAGGGUCCUCUCUGCACCCCCUGUGGCUGGCACCACGUGCCAUGCAUAUGACCGUGAGGUCCACUUGCGCUGCGAGCUCUCCCCAGGCUACUACCUGGCUGUGCCUAGCACCUUCUUGAAGGAUGUGCCAGGACAGUUCCUGCUCCGAGUCUUCUCCACUGGGAAAGUGUCCCUCAGUGUUGUCAGGUCAGCCACCAAGGGUUCAUCGCCUGGAACAGCCCUGCCUGCAGGCGAGUGGGAGACCGUGCAGCUGCAGGGCUGCUGGAGAGCUGGCCAGACAGCUGGGGGCAGCAGGAACUUUGCCUCUUACCCUCGCAACCCCUGCCUCCCAUUCUCCGUUCCUGAGGAUGCUGGUCCUCGGUACGUCCGUAUCACCCUGCAGCAACACUGCCAGCUCAGUGACAGCCAGCUCCACCCUAUUGGCUUCCAUGUCUUCCAGGUUCCAGUAGGUGGUGAAGACCAGGAUGCAGGCUCCCUGUUGCUCCAGGAGCCACUGCUAAGCUGUGUGCCACAUCGCUACACCCAGGAAGUAAGCAGGCUCUGCCUCCUGUCUACAGGGACCUACAAGGUUGUGCCCUCCACUUACCUGCCAGAUGUAGAGGGCACCUUCACAGUGACCAUAGCAACCAGAAUAGACAGGCGAUCUAUUCACAGCCAGGAGAUGCUGGGCCAGCUCCUCCAGGAGGUCUCCUUCAUGGCAGUAAUGAGAACCUGAUGUGACGACCCACAUGCUGGCUCAGGCUGUGGCCUGCAGCGACUGUUACUCAACAUCAAUCACACCUCCAGCCAUUGCUGAGCCGAGGUCACCUCUCAGCUCUGAGGGGUGACUGUAUAUCCUGAGGUUGAAGCAAGGUGCUCUGCCCUUGAUGGAAGCCAACUUGGGGUCAAGCCAUGCUGCAGGGGCAAGAAUUCCAAGAGGCAUCUUUAUUCCUCAGUAGAGACCAGGAAAUUCCAGGGGCCCAGACACGCUGCAGAGGACUUUGCAGAGCCCUCACAUCCUUUCUGACUCCAGAGGACUUUUACCAGGCAGGAAGAUUAUGACAAAUGUUGAAAACUAUUACUUGAAAUAUUUUUAAGACGAAUUUGUAAAUAAACAUGAAUAAUUUAUGACUUGA